AUGUUAGAUUACGUGAAGAAGUACAUAUACAUAGAAUUGUUAAUACUUUUACGAGCCCUGAAUUACUGGAUUCCGUUAGACAGACAUGUGAACAUAGUAAUCAUAUUGUACCUGACCUUUUUGGGCAUCAUUUAUUUAACCUUUAGAUUUAGCUAUGGGAAUCAAGGGAAGACUAAAAAUGCUUGUACUUUUAGAGGAAAGCAUGUCUGCAUAGUUGGUGGGUCAGAGGGGCUAGGAUUUUCUCUGGCCAAAAGAAUCGUGAGGGAAAAGCCGCACACAUUAACCAUAAUGUCGAGAAAUGUAAACAAACUUAGGAACACAAAGAAGGUUCUAUUGGAGGAAAUUUACAAAGAGAGAAAUGGAGAAAGGAAUUCGAACGAUGGAGAUGGUUGCAUGUGCACGAGAAUAAAUAUAAUUAAGUGUGACAUAGGGAUGAAGGAGUCAAUUAACGAGGCCUUUGAAAAUGUCAUAAGAAACAAUAGUUUAGACAAAGAAAAUGAUAAUGAAGAGAAUGUAGCUAGAAAGAGUAUACAUUUGAGGAAUAAAGCAAUAGAUUUACUAGAACCAAAGGAGAUUGAACUAAACAAUGUUGAAGUUUUAAUAUGCAAUGCUGCAUAUGUAUGUACAGAAGAGAAUAACAAAUUACAAAUGUAUGAUUUAAUUUACACAGUUAAUACAAAUAUAUAUGGCAAUAUUGAUGUUAUUUCGAGAGUUAUUUCUUAUAUGAAAAGAAAAAAAGAAGGAUUAAUUUUGUUUAUAAAUUCAGAAGGAGCAUUAUAUCCAGUAUAUGGUUAUUCCUACUACUUAAUGAGUAAAGCGUGCUUAUGGACUUACACAUAUAUUUUGGAUCAAGAAUUAAAAUAUUUUAAUAUUCAUUUUACUAAUGCAUUUUUACCAUCAGUUGAAACACCAGGAUUUGCUAAGGAAAAUUUAAAAAAACCAUAUAUCACAAAAAAAAUUGAAGAUUUAACUUGCACUGUUAAUUCAGAUUACGCAGCUGAUAAAGUUGUUCAGAAAGUAAAAAAAGGGAAAAAAUUUAUAACCUUAGAUUUUAAUGGUUUUAUGUUGUCCGUUCUGCAUAGUGGCUAUAGGAACCCGGAGUCUUACUUUGACUAUUUAAUUUGCGUUUCCUUUUGUGGUUUUUUUAUUUUUGUUUCAUCUCUGUAUAAGUUAUACAUAGAACACAUAAUUAAGAGGAACCUCAUACCCGGGAGGUGUUACUCACGGAAGGGAGCAACUUGA